AUGCAGGUGCUAAAUGCACUCGAUGUGGCAAAAACACAAAUGUACCACUUCACAGCAAUCAUCAUAGCUGGUAUGGGCUUCUUCACCGAUGCAUAUGAUCUAUUUUGCAUAUCCCUCGUUACCAAGUUGCUCGGCCGUAUAGACUACCAUGUUGAUGGUGCAACGAAGCCAGGAACAUUGCAUCCGAAUGUAUCGGCGGCUGUAAACGGGGUCGCUUUCUGUGACACACUUUCAGGGAAACUUUUCUUUGGCUGGCUUGGUGAUAAGUUGGGUAGGAAAAAAGUCUAUGGCAUGACACUUUUGAUUAUGGUAAUCUGUUCACUUGGUUGCGGCCUUUCUUUCGGACACACUCCAAAACAAGUCACGACAACUCUUCGCUUUUUCCGCUUCGGGCUUGGUUUCGGUAUUGGUGGAGACUACCCGCUAUCGGCUACUAUAAUGUCAGAAUAUUCUAAUAAGAAGACUCACGGUGCUUUCAUUGCCGCAGUCUUUGCCAUGCAGGGUUUUGGAAUUUUGGCGGGUGGUAUAUUUGCAAUCAUAGUUGCAGCUAUAUUUAAGUCAAAAUAUGAUUCUCCGUCAUACGAGGUUGAUCCACUCGGUUCAACCGUUCCACAAGCAUACUAUGUUACAAAAAUUCUCAAAACAAAGUCAAAUAAAAUAUAA